UGCAUUUCUAUUCGAUCCUAUGUGUAGUACGGUUGAAGUGUUGUUAUUAGUGAUACGGUGGGAAUAAUUUUCGGCCUUUUUUUUUUACAAAUGACUCGAUUUAAAUAAAAUUUGUAUUGUGCUUGUGUGAAAAACGAAUAUUUAAGUGAUAUUUUGUGGUAAAAUACCUUAGAGAAAUAAGUGAAGAGCAGUUUUUACAUAUUACUCAAAUUAAAAAAAUACUAAAGUGCUGAAAAAUUGACGGCUGCAGUGGCAACGGUAGCUGCAUCAACGGCUCAAGAAUCGACAGUGCUGGUUGGCAUCGAGGAAAUCAUAGAAGCUCAACCACGACGCGCCGUGACGAAGCCAUCAUAUGGUCGUUUUGCACUGAAUUUGUGGGUAAAAUGUUUCAAUAAAUCCUCAGCUUUGCUUAGUCGCAACGUUGACUCGCCAUAAUAAGUGCAACAUGUCCGCCAUAUUAUAUCCUCAGGAUUCUGAGCAGCAACACCAACAAGCACAUGAGCUCGAACUAGAUAAAAACACAUUGAAAGAAAGUUUGUGCAGCGAUAUUUGCGAGCAGUCAAGUUGCUUCAACGAUGGAUCUGCAGCUAGCCUACAAUUACCGCCAAGUAUUCCAAGUACACCUAGUACUAAUAGACAUAUAAAUAAUUCCUUAAAUAUAACUACUUCCACUUCUGCGCAAUUCGAUAUUGACUGCUGCGACGAUCUCUUGAAUAAAAAAAUGGCAGAUUUAGAGUUGAAUGAAUGUGACGGCAGUCAAUGUGGAGGCGGAAGUGAUAGUGGCCUUGACACAGCGACUACAAAGUCUGCAAUGACUGUGGUAGCUGGCAGUGAUGACAAUAUAAACAGCAACAGUAAUGGCAGUAGCAACGGCACCAAGAGCACUUCAUUGCAACGUGCGUUGAGCAGUAAUAGCGGCGGCUAUGCAAGCAGCUCGGGUGGCCUGGAUGACGCUACUAAUCGAAUGACGACCAUGGCAAUGGAGAGUACUACAGCAAGUCAAAGCGUAUAUAUAUCUGGCAACUCUAGUUUGCUUAGCUGCUGCUCGGAAGCAAUAAGUGCUGAGUUGGCGAUAAGUACCACCAAUAACGGUGCUGUGUCCUCAGCCACCCAAAGCUUUGAGUGUUAUAGUGAAAAUAACAGUGAAAGCUCAUCGAUGCUGGGUAGCAAUACUGUUGCAACAACACCUGUCCACCGUUCGAACAGUGUUAAAAGUAAAGUGCGUGUAUUCGAUACUCGCCGCGGUGGCUUUGCAACACCAGCCUCGCGAAGUAUGCGUGAGCGAGAUUGUACCAGCACACCGAUGACCACAAGCUCGACUUCUACUGGCGGCCAUUUACAAACGGGUAGUGCGGCCACACCGCGUGUCCGCCCUGUUGGUGUGAAACGCACAUCCUCUUUGUCGCGUCACGUACCUGCAACAGCUGCGACAUCAGCGCAGCGUCAAAUUGACAAGCAACAGUUGGCCUAUGGAGCAACCAAUUAUAACAGUAAGACUUUAAUGGAGACACCAAAUUCUUCGUUGCGUUCCCCUGCGGCGCGCGCUACAAAACCGCAAAAGCCAGAUUCCUUGCCUAACACACUCAGCCGUACUCAGUCCAUGAGCAUGCAACGUCUAGUGCAGCGCACACCAUCAUUAAGUAGAGCGCGUACACCCUGUACGCCCUCAGAAGACGGCCGUUGGCCCGGCAAUGCGCGUACCUCUGGUAUUGGGGCUGGUGCGGCCAAGCGGGGCGUAUCUGUGACGCCUGAUUUGAUGUCACUAAAAAUGCGUUCCUCAAAUAUGAUGGCAUCGAUGGAGGUGAGAUCCACGAACUCGAACGCCGCUGCUAACCCGUAUAGCACUCUACCGCGCCGACGCAAACAAAAGUCCGUUGAAGACCUGACGGCGGCUCAUGAGUCGCGUAGCAGUUCAAUAACACGCGAUGUGCGUAUGACUUCGUCAGUAAUGGUCGCCACGCGAAGGAGUCUAGUCAGCGCAUUUGGCACAACGGCACCCAAAAUCAAUCAAACGCGUUCACUCGUACAGGCGCGAAAAUCACCAGCGCAGCCACCCAAGACACGUAUAUAUCAUGAGACCAGCGUUCAGACGGCACUCACUAGCGACGAUCUGGAAAAUUUAUUUGCUGGACGUACCCUAGCGACGCGGGCUAUAGAUGCCGUCGAUCAGCAAGAACAGACAACACAGACUGAUAUGCGCGACGCUGAAUUGGAGCGAUUACGGGACGAAGUGCGUCAAUUAGCGCAGCGUGAGCAUGAUCUUAGCACCAAGCUGCAACAUGAACGUGAAGAGAAGUUAGCUAUGCAGCGUGAAUUACAUUUAAAUACAGAACGUGUAAUGAGUAUGCUGGAAAUGGCGCGAAUAGCAGGUCGUAGAUGUGGCCCUACUGGCGGCAGCGUUAGUGGAAUAAGUCUGGAUGGUGACGCUACUACACCCACGUCCGAUGAAGGUAGCGGAAGUGGGCACGAUAGUCUACUAAUGUUAGAAUCACAAAUACAAAUGAGCGGUCAUGAGCUAAUCGAACGACAACACGAAAUCGGACAGUUGCGUCAGUUAUGCCGCACGUUACAACUUGAAAUGGAACGUUCACUAGUAGCACAGGAAUGUUUGCUACAAGAAAAGGCCGCCAUAGAGCACGAGUCGAGUGAGUUGCAAGACUUUUUGCAGCACGAAAAAUCAGCAUUGUGUGAUGCAUUAAAAGAAUUGGAGAACGAACAUCAAGCUUGUAAGAAACAAAUGGCGGGACGUGAAGAAGAGGUGAAGGUUUUGCGCGACGAGUGUCGCCAUUUAGUUCGGCUUAAUGAACAGCGAAGGCAAGAGAAUCGAAUGCUACAAUCCAAAUAUGCAGCCCUAGAAAAUAAAUCCAAGGAAAUGAUGAUGCAGCAAAACUAUUCGGUUUCAGGCGCCUCUGCUGCAUUGUCGGGCCUACAUUCGCGUUUGGACAGUUUAGUUGAUCAAUUGGUCUCUACUUACAACAUAACCGAACACGACCUGGAGGACAUCGGAUUCCAGCCCGAAGCUCAACAAAUUCACACUAAUGCAUUGGAGACGCGAUCAGCUCAAAAUGUGGACGACUGCCAUGUUCGAUCAUCGUCAAACGCUGCUGCAAAUGGACUGGAAUUGUGCACACAUCCCGAACAAUUUUUGCAACAGCCGAGUGAUGGCUCUUUGUCGCCGCAAAGAAAUCAAUCAUUCAUCGCUGCCGUCAUUAGUGCCAUACGCAAUGCAACUACUCCGUCUAGUAAAAAACUGUUGGCGCGAAAUGGUAAACGCAUUAUUAUCGACAACGCUGGUGAACGUGAACCGAAUGGUCAGAGUUUAAAUAAAAACAACAACAAUACCAACUAUAACAAAUAUAAUGGCGAUGCGCAGAAUGGAGAAGGUGAUGACUCCGAUUCCACUGAAAUGCUCGAUUCGGAAACUGAACCCUGCCUAAUGAUGGAUAACGUGCUCGAAGAUGUGACUAUGCCGGAUUCACAUUCACACAAUAUGGUCUCUUCAUGUACCGGCAUUGUUUCCCAAUUGGAAAUACCAUCGGAACUUGUUAAUCCAGCUUCUGGCGAUGAGUCAUUACAUAACUUGUCGCAGGCUAUAGUAAAUCGACAGCAGAUGGAAUUGCAGAUCAGCACUAUGCAAAGUGUGCAGAAAGCGUCGUUGCAGUUAAAUCAAUGUGAGCAUGAUAAUUCAGACGAAGUUAGCUGCCACGAUUCGGUUGCUGAGAUGCCUUCCCUAAUAGAGUAUUGCACGGCCCAAGCAGUUGUUGAUCAGGUGAUAGAGGUUGAUAGUUUGGUUACAAAGUUGCUCAAAGUCCUACGCCUUAUUCAAAUGGACAACGACAGUUGCAUACAGCAACUUAUUGUUGAUAAAAAUAAGUUACAGGAAAAUAAAGAGGAUAUGCUUGAAAAGUUAAAAGAUCUACAAGAUGUUAAUAUCAAGCUGCAAGACGAGCUAAUGGAUGCCACACAAGAGCUGCUGUUAAAGAACAACGAUCUGUCGAACACGAAAGCGGAAAUGCAGCGACACCGCAACGAAAUCGAUGUAAGAUUUUGAAGUAACGUUAAAAUACUAUCAUCGAUUGAUCAAUGUUUUUUUUCGCAUUAGAAUUGAGUUACUUUUGCACAAGCAUUUAUUUUCGUUGUAGAACUCACCGAAACUGGGAGACUUCUAUUUAUACAUACAUACCUACAUACAUAUUUACAAACUUAGUCGCAUGUACGCUACUAGUAGUUAACGCACUGUCCUUGCUAUACAUUUGUAGUUACUUUGGUCUCAAAUUAAUUUUUAUGAUUCGAGUAUUAAUUUUUCUAAGCGAUAUCCGAAAACGAAACGAUAAAGAAAAUAAAAUUAAAACGAUUUCGACAGACUUAUUAGUAGAAUCUAGGGAAUGACAAUUAUUUUAUGCGUAUUUAUUUGUGCAAGAACAUACAUUUAUACAUUUUUAUAUUGAUUUGCGAGAUGAAUGGAAACAAGAACAAAAUUUUGUAUUACUUUUUUCACUACUGAGCAAACUGACUAUGUUAUUGUGUCUUAAUGCACUAAAACGCUGUACGUGUGUACCAAAUAAUGAUUUACGUAUACAUUUUCUUAUUGCUUGCACUUUACAAAUUGUAUUUUCGCUGUUUGGGAGAUUAAUUGUAAUAUUAUUAUUUCUGUCUCAAUUUUGUUUUGUAUUUAUGUAUUGAACAUUUCUUACGAUUAUGUAUACUUUAUUUAAAAAUUUAAAACAUAAAUAAAAUCAGUGUUAGUGGAAACCACUUUAAGUUA